GCAAUCCCACACGUCAACACAAUUUUUUGACAUUUCUCUUAUUUAAACGAAAUUUAAUUUCUUUUGUAUUAAACAUGUUCCCGUGUUGACUCUCUUCCACUCCACUGUUUUUUACCUCUCUGAAUUCGCCAGUUUUGCCAAAAUGGCGAGUCCUCGAACCCGUCGUGUUUUGCAGGAACUGAAGCCCCACAACGAGAACGACAAAUGCUUCGAGUGCGGCACACACAACCCCCAGUGGGUCUCCGUCACUUACGGCAUAUGGAUCUGCCUGGAAUGCUCCGGCAAGCACCGGGGGCUCGGGGUGCACCUGUCUUUCGUCCGCUCGGUCACAAUGGACAAGUGGAAAGACAUAGAACUGGAGAAAAUGAAGGUUGGGGGCAACCGAAACGCCCGAGUUUUCUUCGAAGCUCAACCCGAUUGGGACGAUCAUAUGACCAUCCAGCAGAAGUAUAACACGAAAGCUGCCGCCCUCUACCGAGACAAGAUCUCGACGCUGUCUCAGGGGAAGUCCUGGGACGAGAAAUCGUCCCAAGCUCAGAAUUACACAGGGAGUUUGAUUAGCAACUCUAAUAGUUAUAAUAGUAGUAGCAAUUCGUACUCAAACGCGUCCACUUAUCAAAACGAGUCGUAUCAAGGGGGCUAUCAGAAUUACAACUCGCCGGAGUUUAAAGACCAGAAGGACGCGUUCUUUGCGAAAAAACAAGCUGAAAAUGCCAAUAGGAGAGGGGAUUUGCCCCCGAGUCAGGGGGGGAAGUACAGCGGGUUUGGGUACACGAUGGAGCCGCCCCCUCGGAGCCAGUCACAGGAAUUUGUCGAUACGGCCAUGUCGUCUCUAGCUAGUGGUUGGUCAUUUUUAUCUUCUUCGGCGAGCAAGUUGGCAAGCAAAGCGACCGAAAAUGCCGUCAAAUAUGGCGGAAUUGCCACACAGAAGGUAGUUGAUAUUAGCUCACAUGUAGGGGAAAAGGUAAAAGAGGGUUCUUUAUUAGAAGAUGUAGGAACACAAAUAUCUAGCCUCUCAAAUAAGAUGGGCGAACUUGGUCGGAAAGGUUGGCGCGAGGUGUCUGGCAGUGGUAGCGCCGGCGACUACCAUUCUGGGGGCUAUGGUCAAGUGGGUGGUGAAAAUUACCAUUCGCCUGGAGAGAAGUCUUCAUUGGUGAGCAGCGGGAAUGGUUAUGUCCGCGAUGAAGACUGGAGUUGUAGCAGUCAACAGGGUUCAAAGGCGUCUAGUCCGAAAUCGCCGGGUCAGAACUGGGAUGGCAGUUGGGGUGGUUACCAGAGCGAUCAUCAGGGCUACCAAUCGGAUUCUAGGGACCUUUCCGGAAGUAAUCCCACGUCACCGACCGGUUCAACGACCCAGAAAUCUAUUAAAAAGGAGAGGAAAACAAAAGAGAAGAGAUCAAAUUGGGAUGAUAAGUGGGGGGAUGACGAGUUGUGGGAAAGUCUCAACAAGUAAAUAUGUGACCAAUUUAGACCAAUUAUUCAGCAUCGUGGGUGUUCAUGACGUUUCAAUUUUUUUAUUAGGCAAUUUGUCACUUUAGCUCAAUGUUUACGAUUUAUUUACAAACUUAACACUUUAUUUUUAUCAUUAAAUGUUGUCAAAGGUUUAUAUAACUGUUGCUUAUACCAAAAGCGAGAUUAUUUGUUUUUAAACGGAGAUUAAACAAUUACCAACUUGGUCACAAACGCUACGAUGAAAAAAAUGCAUUUAUUGUCCAGUUGUUGUUACUGUAAAUAUUCUUUGUAGCUUAUAGACUACUAUCUACUGAAAAAAAUUAUGUACAUUACGAUUAAUUCGAAAUUACAAGACAAAUAAACAUUAUUUUACUCACCCA